CUAACUGUGACCCGAAACGAGGUUUUAUAUUCAACGAUAAAAUGCCGCGCCACAAGCCCACCCUCACCAUCGAUGUGGUCGGGAGCUUGGAUCUCCGUCCCGAGCAGGCCGUCGGCGACUAUCGCGUCUCUCGCCAGCAGGACCAAUACUUUGUUAAGCCUCCCAACUGGGACUCGCCAGGCGAUUCGAUUGAGAUAAUGUACAUCGAAAAUCUCCGCGAGAACAAUGCGAUGAAGGAGCUGCAGAAGCAACUGCUUCAAGAUGCAAAGCGCCAGUCCCUGGCCAACAAUCAGCGCAUUCGGAAGAUGUACAAGAUGCAGGAGCGCCUGCGCAAGCGGUUCGUCGAGGUAAACAGCUUCUUCAAGGACUGCGUGGACAAGAAGCGGGCGGCAAACAAGGUCAUUCACGAGCAGUCUGCUCUGCACGUGGAGCUGAACAAGGGAAUCGAUUCCUUCAAGAGCUCCAUUUCCGAACUGAAGGCCUUCCGCACUGAUCUUAAGGCCACGGUGACCCAGUUUCAGCCAUACGAGCGCGUCCUUAGCGAUGUGGUGAAGGUGUCCGAUAUCUUUGUGUCCCCCAAGGACUGCAUCGAUCGCUGCGACGCGCUGAUGCUUGCCCAGGUGGAGAUCAGCCAACUGCAGAACCAGAAACUAGAGGAAAUCGAGAAAAUGCGAAAACGGAUGGUUCAGUUAACCAGCGAGGCGGCCCUAACUGUGCUGGGCCUCAAGAACGACCUGGGCAGGAUGGAGCGCUCGUACAACCAGGCGCGUCAGACGUGCCUCAAGUGGGAGAAGAUUCUAAGCAGCUGCAAGGACGUCAUCGCCAAUAACAAUCUGGACAAGGAACGCUCCCUCGACUGCAUCGUAAGCCUGUAUAGGAUGUUGUGCAAGCGUCGCGGCAUAAAGCCCAGCUUACGAGCUUAUGAGAUGCCCCUUAUCCUGGACUUUAUCAGACGGGAGGUAAGUCUCUGGAAUGAGGUUAUUCGGGAGAUCGAAGCCCCCCCUAAGGCCAACAAGAGCGACAGAGGAGUACUCGAGGGAGCUUUGUGUUAACAGAGUAGUGCUCGUAGUUAGUAAAUGGUUGAUUGGUUGGUUACAUCAAUGAAGUGUUCUGUUAGUUACCGAAAAACUCUAUUAAUAAAAACAUGAUUGA